AUGGGAGCUCCCCGGCUUCGAAUCGAAGGCGCAACCUUCAAAGACCCAAAUAAUCGAGAAAUUACGCUUAGGGGCAUCAAUGUCGCCGGAGAAUCCAAGUACCCCAAGAGCCCUGAUACCCCUUCUCAUGUGCCCGACAAGUUCUUUGAGACAGAAGACGUUUCAUUUAUUGGUCGCCCGUUCUCGCUGGAUGAUGCACAUACACACUUUGCAAGGCUACGGAAAUGGGGAUACAAUACCAUAAGAUAUAUUUUCACCUGGGAGGCUAUAGAACACGCAGGUCCUGGGAAGUAUGACGACGAAUGGAUUUCCUUUACCAUCGAAGUUCUUCGAAUCGCGAAGCAAUACCAGUUCUACGUGUUCAUGGACCCUCAUCAGGAUGUGUGGUCCAGAUUGUCAGGAGGAUCCGGUGCACCGGGAUGGACUCUCUAUGCAGCGGGGCUUAACCCAAGGACCUUCAAGAAGACCGAAGCGGCUCUUGUCCAAAAUACGUUUGACAACCCGGCAGAGUUUCCGAAGAUGAUCUGGAGUACGAAUUACACCCGUCUUGUCUGCCAAACGAUGUUCACUCUGUUCUGGGCUGGCCGGGAUUUUGCACCUAAGGCAAUUAUAAAUGGUGUGAACAUUCAAGAAUACCUGCAGGGCCACUUCAUCGCUGCGUGUAGAUAUUUCGCGCAGAAAAUCCAUGAGGCUGGUGAUCUGGAAAAUGAAGUAGUUAUCGGAUGGGAAAGCAUGAAUGAGCCCCAUAGAGGGCUUAUUGGUGUCCAGGACAUAUCAGUGGUUCCGCCUGACCAACAACUUCAACUAGGGACGUCCCCUACUGCUUUCCAGGCAAUGUUAACCGGAUCUGGACGAGCGUGCGAGGAGACGACGUGGGCGUUCGGUGGCUUUGGCCCUCAUCAGACUGGUCGGGAACUCGUGGACCCCGAAGGCGAAUCUGCUUGGCUGCCUGCGAGUUAUGAUGAUCACAAAUAUGGUUGGAAAAGAGAUCCGGAAUGGAAAUUAGGCGAGUGUCUAUGGGCACAGCACGGCAUCUGGGAUCCAUCAACGGACCGACUACUCAGAAAGGACUAUUUCGCUAAGAAACCCCAAAGCGGCGAACCAUUGAAUUACGAUGUCUUUACGAACACAUAUUUCAUGGAGCAUUAUAGGGCGUACAGGGAUGCCAUUAGAAGUGUAUGGCCCGAGUCCAUUAUGCUUUGCCAGCCCCCUGUCAUGGAAGUCCCCCCUGAUCUCAAGGGCUCAUUUGAUGACGACCCCAACAUGGUUCAUGCCGUACACUAUUACGAUGGCCUAACAUUGUUGACAAAGCAUUGGAAUCGACUAUACAACGUUGACGUAAUUGGCGUGCUUCGUGGAAAAUAUCUCGCGCCAGCAUUUGCGGUGAAGAUUGGAGAGACGGCGAUCCGGAAUUGCUUGCGUGACCAGCUCAAAUAUCUCAGAGAGGAGAGCCUACGGUUUAUGGGAAAUCAUCCCAUGAUAUUUACGGAAAUUGGAAUUCCAUAUGACAUGGACGACAAACAUGCGUACAAAACUGGCGAUUAUAGUAGCCAGAUUAGUGCAAUGGAUGCCAACCAUUUUGCCCUGGAAGGCAGCACUGCCAAUGGCUUUACGCUGUGGCUUUACACAACACAGAACAAUCAUGAAUGGGGCGAUAACUGGAACGGCGAGGACCUCUCGAUCUUCUCCCUCGACGACCCCGAGCUGCCGAGCGCCUAUUCAGAGAGUCAGAGUAACAUGGAAGAUCAGCACGUGGGUCCCUCGAAUCUGAAAGACGCGUUGCGACCAGCCUCCAUCACCUCCGAAAUCUCUUCUCAGAUGUCCAAAGACCACACAGGCUUUCGCGCCGCGGAAGCCUAUAUUCGCCCAAGUCCGAUUUUCACCAACGGCUCUCUGACGCACCAUGGCUUCGAUUUACGGAAUUGCACGUUCACCAUGUCAUUGGUGGCCAAAGAAAAGGCCACCCGAGGGGAUCAACCCACAGAAAUCUAUUUGCCUGACUUCCACUUCCCGGAGGUACAAUCCGUGGUCUCUGUGAGCAGCGGGGAGUGGACAAUCGACCAUGCAGAGAUUGACUCUGUAAACAUCCAACGACUUCGGUGGUGGCACCCAGAGGGACGACAAGAAAUCAAGAUUCAGGGAGUCAAACGCAAGCCAGGCGACUUGACUAAGGUCUCCGGAGAGGAUAUAACCUAUCUGGAACAAUGCCAACGUGGAGCCUGUUCUGUGAUGUAG